AUGUUGUCGGCUAUUAUAUUGGCCCUAGUCGCUAAUAGUCUUGCUCAAAACGUGGAUGUCAAGAUGAAGCUUCUGCAACACUGGGAUAAUAAUUUUGAAGGCCAGUUUUGCUACACUUUAACUCAUCACAUAGUUGGAUGGGAAGUCAUUAUAAAAUUUGACCAACCAAUCAAACAUAUACAGCAAUGGGAAGCUGAUUGGAUAGAGCAACCUGAUGAUACUAAAUGUAUUACUGAAGCUAAACUGGUCAAUAAGAAUUAUAAAGGUGUGCAUGACAAAGGAGAACAAUUAUGUUUGAAAUUCAUGGCAAAUACUUGUGGUAGUGGUGAACCAUCAGCAACCGGUACCCUGGUAGAUCUUACUAAUGAUCAUCAGACGUUACCACCAUUAAAUGUUAAACCAGGUGCGCAAAAAAGUAAAUAUAACUAUGCCGACGUUUUGAUGAAGUCGAUUUUAUUCUAUGAAGCCCAGAGAUCUGGUAAACUACCAGCUAAUAACAGAAUACCACGGAGAGGAGAUUCAGCUUUAAAUGAUAAAGGAUCAAAUGGUGAAGAUUUAACUGGUGGAUGGUAUGAUGCUGGAGACAAUGUAAAGUUUAAUUUUCCUAUGGCUUGGAGUACGACUGUAUUAACAUGGGGGUUGAUUCAAUGGAAAGAUGCUUAUGAAAAUGCUGGUGAAUUAGAUAAAAUUACUUUAUGGUUAAUAUUGCAUUGGCGGGUUGGUGAUGGUGGAAUAGACCAUGGCAGCUGGACUAGUCCAGAAAGAAUGACGGGAAAUAGACCUUCUUUCAAAAUCGAUGCCUCCAGUCCAGGAUCUGAUGUAGCCAUGGAAACAGCUGCGGCUAUGGCUGCUGGUUCUAUUGCUUUUCAAACUAAAGAUAGUGCCUAUUCAGCAACUCUGUUAACUCAUGCAAAACAACUGUAUACUUUUGCUAAGGCUCAUCCUAGCUAUUAUAGUAACAGUGUCAAUGCUGCAGCCGCAUACUACAAAUCAGAAAAUAUUACCGAUGAAAAUAGUUGGGGUGCCAUAUGGUUGUAUAAAGCAACAAGUGAUAAGAAAUAUCUAGCCGAUGCUGAAGCUGCUCAUAUACCAGGUGAAUCCUGGGGAUUUUCAUGGGAUGAAAAGAUUUUCCGUAUAAUACUACUAGAAUAUAACUUGAAAAAGAAAAGUAACGAUAAAGGUGUCUAUUUACAAGAUAUUAAAGCUACAAUGAAGGCCUGGAUGCCUGGUGGAAGUGUCCCUUACACACCGAAAUGUUUAGCGUUUAGAUUACAAUGGGGAGCUCUAAGAUAUGCAUCUAAUGCAGCCUUUCUAGCUUUGGUAGCGGCUGAUUUGGGGGUCAACCCUGAUAUCUAUCGGAAGUGGGCGAUAAGUCAGAUCAACUAUGCUUUAGGAGACACUGGAAGAAGUUUUGUUAUUGGAUUUGGUGUGAACCCUCCAAAAAAUCCUCAUCAUAGAGGAAGUUCCUUUCCAAUGAUACCAGCACCAUGUGGAUGGGAAGAACAACAGAAUAAAGGACCUAACCCACAUACCCUCUAUGGUGCUUUGGUUGGUGGACCGGGGUCAUCUGAUGAUUACGUUGAUCAGCGAAAUGAUUACAUACAUAAUGAGGUAGCUUGUGAUUAUAAUGCGGGCUUCCAGUCAGCAGUCGCAGGGCUUCAACAUUUAGCGAAUGGUCAGAAAUUACCAACCUCUUACAAGACCUGUAGUUAA